UACAUAUAACUCCUGGCAACGAAGAAUGCAGUUCAUCGUGCUCUCUCUCUCUCCCUCUCUCUCUCUAGAUUAAUCGAGAAGUUAUUCAUCUGUAUUAUUCGUCAAUGAAAGAUUAAGCAACAAUUGUACAGUAGAAACACUGUUUUUAGUCACAGGCGGAUAAUUGCGAUAUUCAUCUGUUUAAUUCAUCAAUUAAGGAUCAAGCAACAACUGUACAGUAGAAUCGCUGUUUUCGUUUGAGAUAACGACUUGUCGAUUUAUUGAGAAAAUGCAUAGUUAUACCGAUUUCUCAUAUAGUGGAGAUGAAGACAGUAAACUCUGGUCUUCGUUCAUCCAACAGUCGAGCAGUGGACCGUUCGAUGAUUUCCAGACACCUCUGUACUCUUCAAUCUUCCCUGCCACUACUUCACCACAUCUAUUCGCUGUACCUGAACCAUCAACCCUACCACACCAGCAGAUUGUCGUCGAUUACAACCGUAGAAACUCGCAGGACUUUGCACCGUUUCAAGACCUAAUCGACCGACGUAACUGGUGCCUAUCUAACCUCCGUCUCUCUACCAAAGAAGCCGAGGCGCUGCGUCAAGAGAAUGUCAACCUUCAAAGAGCAAAUUCGGAACUGAACAAGCAACUGUCUCACUUGCAACUACAGGCGGCUUCAGCUUCUGUUUCGGCUUCAGCAUCAGCAGUUUCUUCUCUUCAGAACUAUGCUAAUGCGACUAUGUUUCCAUCUGUAAAUUCGAUUGUCAAUCGUUUGGGACGUAUGAGGAUUGGGGAAAAAGGACCGAUGGUAAUUGACAAACGAGUGGCUCGUGGUGUGGAGAAUGUGGAUCCGGUUAAGAAAACUGAGGUGGAGCGGGUUAAAUUGCCAAAAAGUAUUUCUGUUAGAUCGAAUGGGUACUUGAAGACGAUUCAAGCUGAUGACGGGAGCGCUAGUCGGUCACGUGCUGUGGAUCGGGUUAAACCAGCUUCUGAUAUGCAAAGGGUGUAUGUACGUGGAAAGGAAGAGGAGGAACCAGUGGAACUGAAGGUCUACAACCAAGGGAUGACAAAGACAGAACUCUGCAACAAAUGGCAACAAACUGGUGCAUGUCCAUAUGGAGAUCACUGUCAAUUUGCACAUGGUAUUGAGGAACUUCGUCCAGUCAUACGCCACCCGCGCUACAAAACAGAAGUCUGUAGAAUGGUCCUGGCGGGUGACCCUUGCCCGUAUGGCCACCGCUGUCAUUUUCGCCAUGCUCUCACCGAGGAGGAGAAAUUCCUGAGCCGUGGUUGACCAUUGGUACAUCUCUACAGAAACUACAUUUUUUUUAAUUCACCUGCAAAUCAAGUUAGAGAUGUUUAUACUGCUAAAUAAAUAAUUCCUUUUACUAGUAAAACAGAAAUAAUAAAGAAAAAGAAGGGCAAAAGAAAGACCUUUAUAAGAUAGCUGAGAUGUACUCUUUGUUAUAAUUGAUCGCUUUAUGUGUUCGUUAAGGGAUUCUUAAUUUUGAAA